AUUCGCCUUCCUCCAGAGCUAACAGCCACGAUCUAAGGAUCGCUUUCAGAAAGCAGCAGGAAACUUACAGUGGGGCUGCUCCAGGGGCUCAACCGCAGAACAUUCCCAUCACCAGUGUCCUUGAGCUGAUCGUGGCUUCCAUUUGUCAGUCCCACAUAAGAAGAGCAGCUCACCAGGACGAGAUCCACAGCAGGCUGAGGCCACUGACACCAUGUUCUGUACGAAGCUGAAGGAUCUCAAGAUCACAGGGGAGUGUCCUUUCUCCUUACUGGCACCAGGGGAGGCUCCAAAAGAGCCAGCAGAGGAGGUGGCGGGAAACGCAGAGAGCUGCCCAGCCACCCUGCCCAUCUGUCAGGACGCCCCUGAGAAGAAUGUGCAAGGAAGUCUCCCUCAAAGGAAGACCAGUCGGAGCCGCGUCUACCUUCACACUUUGGCAGAGAGCAUUUGCAAACUGAUUUUCCCCGAGUUUGAGCGGCUGAACUUUGCACUUCAGCGGACACUGGCAAAACACAAAAUCAAAGAAAGCAGAAAAUCUGUGGAAAGAGAAGACUUUGAAAAAAUAAUUGCAGAUGAAGCGCUUGCAGCAGGAGUUCCGGUGGAGAGCAUCAGAGCAUCUCUCGGUGAAGAGAUUUUUAAAAUAUGUUAUGAGGAAGAUGAACACAUCCUGGGUGUGGUGGGAGGAACCCUCAAAGAUUUCCUAAAUAGCUUCAGCACCCUCCUGAAGCAGAGCAGCCACUGCCAAGAAGCAGAGAAGAAAGGCAGGCGGGAGGCUGCCUCCAUUCUCUGUCUGGAUAAGGACCACGAUUUCUUAAACGUUUACUAUUUCUUUCCGAAGAAGAUCACGUCCCUGAUUCUUCCGGGCAUCAUUAAGGCAGCUGCUCACAUCCUGUACGAAACCGAAGUGGAAGUGUCAUUAAUGCCUUCCUGCUUCCACAACGAUGGCAGUGAGUUUGUUAAUCAGCCCUAUUUGUUGUACUCCGUUCAUGUCACAAGCACCAAACCAUCCCUGUCCCCGGGCAAACCCCAGUCCUCACUGGUCAUUCCUGCUUCUCUCUUCUGUAAGACAUUCCCGUUCCAUUUCAUGUUUGACAAAGACAUGACAAUUCUGCAAUUUGGCAAUGGCAUCAGGAGGCUGAUGAACAGGCGAGACUUUCAAGGAAAGCCUAAUUUUGAAGAGUACUUUGAUAUUCUCACUCCAAAAGUCAACCAAACGUUUAGCGGAAUCAUGACUAUGUUGAAUUUGCAAUUUGUGGUCCGAGUGAGGAGAUGGGACAACUCUGUGAAGAAAUCUUCAAGGGUUAUGGACCUCAAAGGCCAAAUGAUCUACAUCAUUGAAUCCAAUGCGAUCUUGUUCUUGGGGUCACCCUGCGUGGACAGAUUAGAAGAUUUUACAGGACGAGGGCUCUACCUCUCAGACAUCCCAAUUCACAAUGCGCUGAGGGAUGUGGUCUUGAUUGGAGAACAGGCCAGAGCUCAAGAUGGCCUGAAGAAGAGGCUGGGAAAACUGAAGGCCACGCUGGAGCAAGCCCACCAAGCCCUGGAGGAGGAGAAGAAGAAGACAGUUGAUCUCCUGUGCUCUAUAUUUCCCUCCGAGGUGGCGCAGCAGCUGUGGCAAGGGCAGGUUGUGCAAGCCAAGAAGUUCAAUAACGUCACCAUGCUGUUCUCAGACAUUGUUGGGUUCACUGCCAUCUGCUCCCAGUGCUCGCCGCUGCAGGUCAUCACCAUGCUCAAUGCGCUCUACACCCGGUUUGACCAGCAGUGCGGAGAGCUGGAUGUCUACAAGGUGGAGACCAUUGGCGAUGCAUAUUGUGUGGCUGGGGGAUUACACAAAGAAAGUGAUACCCAUGCUGUUCAGAUAGCACUGAUGGCCCUCAAGAUGAUGGAGCUCUCUGAUGAAGUCAUGUCUCCCCAUGGAGAACCUAUCAAGAUGCGAAUUGGACUGCAUUCUGGGUCGGUUUUUGCUGGAGUUGUUGGAGUUAAGAUGCCCCGUUACUGUCUUUUUGGAAACAAUGUCACCUUGGCUAACAAAUUUGAGUCCUGCAGUGUACCACGGAAAAUCAACGUCAGCCCAACAACCUACAGAUUACUCAAGGACUGUCCAGGUUUUGUCUUUACCCCUCGAUCAAGGGAGGAACUUCCACCAAACUUCCCCAGUGAAAUUCCGGGAAUCUGUCAUUUUCUGGAAGCUUAUCAACAAGGAACAAAUUCAAAACCAUGGUUCCAAAAGAGAAAUGUUGAAGAUGGCAAUGCCAAUUUUUUAGGCAAAGCAUCAGGAAUAGAUUAGCAAAAUAUGUCCUUGAUUAUUAGUCUUUGGGGUUUGAUUCCUUCGAGCAUGUGUGGAAUCUCUGAGAGCACUUUAGGAUGCAGAUGGAUAAAAACAGUAUUAAAAUUUCAGGAGCUCACGAUCUACUUAUUCUUCCACUUAACAUGACAAACAUGUAUUCACUUCAAUACUUCAGCUCUCCAGUGAAAAUAAAAAAAAGAAACCUCGAAAAGUGACCUUUGGGGGAGAUUUCUGUUAUAUAUCACUUAUUAUCUGUACUCAAAAUUUAGCACAUUGUACAUAUAUCAGGUAAUUGUAGCAACCUAUACAAUGUGAUGGAGUCACUUGCAAUCUUGUGUCCUGGUGGAAUGCUAUGGUUAUUAGAGUGUGUUUGUGAUAGCAUUGCCUUACAAAAGCUUUUGAACAGAAAUUAUAGUCUUCAAUACCAUAAGCUCUUGGAACUUUUCAACUCUGAAUUUUAUUACAUUUUCUCAUUUAAUUUUUAGCUUAUAUAACAAAAUAGAUUGAGGUUUUUCUCUGUUGCACUUUUCUUUUUUUAUUUUUAAGGAAAUAAGGAAUUCUGGGUUAGAUGCAAUAUGAAUAUAAAAUAGGUCUUCUGUAAAUAUCAAAGAUUAUUUUAUAAAAAUAUUCUCCACCACAUAAUGUGUCAUUAACAAUAAAUGUUUCCUUUUGUUUGACAUUUUUUAUUCCAUAUAUGGUAAAGGCUAUUUUAAUUCAUAUUAGCAUUUUCAUUCUUAUUCAUUCAUUUCUAUUUUACAGUAUUCAGUAUAAAAGAGGCUUAUAGCCUAUAUUGAAAUGCAAUAUCAUUCUGAUUUAAUUUAACCAGAAGCAACAUGGGAGUAAAGUAAGCAUUUAGGGAACAAACUAUAAAAUACAGAAACAAGAUAUUUACAACAUGCAUACAUUCACCCCACCCCACCUCACAACACACAGAGGAAUUGGGCUCUAUUUCAGCAGGCAUGCUCUAUUGCCAUGCUGAGCCAUAUAAAGUUCCAAUAAGAAAAUCUAAGUUCACAAGUGGGAAAUAAGACUUGUUCUUUUUCUGACUGUAUUUUUAAAUACUUGUGUUGAAUAAUUUAGUGUGUGUAUAUUUCCUAAGAAUCAUGAGGGGUUUUUUUGUUUUGUUUUGUGUGGGUUUUUUUGGUCUCAUUAAGUACACAUCUGUGAAUGUUUUAUUCUAGUUGAAAUAUCUCAAUGAUAUUCUUUAAAUAGAAUGUUAGUGUUGAUGAAGAAAAUUAUGCUGUGAUUUUAUUAUGGAAAAUUUUAAACAUUUUUUUCUGGAGCUUGAACUUUAAUUUUUAAUGAUGUUAGUCUAAGAUCUCUGGUGAACUAAACCUAAAUAGGGCUUUGAUUUUAAAAGAGCUCAACUUCAAAGCAAGAGAAAAAUGAUCAUUAUCAUUUUUAAAUCACCAUUAGCAGAGCCAUAGAUACACUGAACUCUUAUUUGGGGUUCUAAAAAAUAAUUCAAUUUAAAAAUUAUUUAAUUAUUUUCACUAGUUCCCAGGCUACCCCAUAGUAACCUCAGGAAUAAAAAGUAAUUACUGAUUGGCCUUUAGUAUCCCAUGUGUACCACUAUAGAUAUUACAAUGAUUAUUAUUUACUGAUUCCCCAAUAUUUUAAAGGACUUAAUGUGUCUCAUUAAAUACCAAUCUUAUUGUAUAGGUGUUGGGAAAAUAUAGUUACAAUCUUACAAUGAUAUGAAGUUAAUAAAAAUACGUAAAAGGGAAAUAAAGACAAAUACAUUUUUCCAUCUGUAAUGCAACCCUCAGUAUAGGGAAAAUAAUAGGAAUUAAAGGAAAUUUAAAGGCAUACAAUAAAAUGUCACCUUUAUAAAAA